UUGAAAGGUCCGGCAGUUUAACCUAGAAUUUUGCUGUACUGUUUCCGUAAUGUUAUUGCAGCAGUAGUUUGUGAUAUUAAGUUAUAGAAAAAUAGAUUCUGUGAUCUCAGUUAUUAACUGGCUGGCAUAAUGUCUCUGGUUUGACUAGCAACUGGAGAAUCGAUCCGCGGAGUGACACAGUGCAAACAAACCGGAAAACACGCUCCAGGUUCAAGAUGGUGGUUGAAAGCUGAGACUGGUGGCGACUGAUAAGUAGUUGAAGCUGACAUGGAGGGAGGAGCUGAGGAAUUUCUACCGCCGCCGGAAUGCCCUGUGUUCGAGCCUACCUGGGCGGAAUUCCGAGACCCGCUUGAGUACAUUGCGAAAAUUAGACCCAUCGCUGAGAAAUCGGGCAUUUGUAAGAUUCGCCCACCCGCGGACUGGCAGCCUCCCUUUGCAGUUGAAGUUGACAACUUCAGAUUUACUCCUCGAAUACAAAGACUAAAUGAACUAGAGGCCCAGACCAGAGUGAAAUUAAACUAUUUGGACCAGAUUGCAAAGUUCUGGGAAAUCCAAGGCUCAUCGUUAAAAAUUCCCAAUGUGGAACGGAGGAUCUUGGACCUCUACAGCCUUAGUAAGAUUGUCAUGGAGGAAGGUGGUUAUGAAGCCAUCUGUAAGGACCGUCGGUGGGCCAGAGUUGCACAGCGCCUCAGUUACCCACCAGGGAAAAACAUUGGGUCCCUUUUACGUUCUCACUAUGAACGCAUCAUUUAUCCCUAUGAAAUGUUUCAGUCUGGAGCCAACCUUGUGUGUAACACUCACCCAUUUGAAAGCAAGGAAAAAGACAGGGAAUACAAACCACACAGUAUUCUCCUUAGACAGUCUGUGCAACCUUCCAAGUUCAGUAGCUACAGUCGCCGGGCAAAAAGACGGCAACCUGAUCCAGUACCCACAGAAGAGGACAUUGACAAGAACCCAGAGUUGAAAAAGCUACAGAUUUAUGGGGCAGGUCCUAAGAUGAUUGGCUUGGGUCUCAUGGCCAAGGACAAGACAUUGCAGAACAAAGAUAAAGAAGGGGCCAUGUGUCCUCCUACUGUUAGGUUGAAAAAGGAACCAAGUAAUGAUGAGAAAGUACACUCAGCCUUGCCUAAGGAAGACUUAAGUCAUACCAUAGAGUCUUGCACUAAGAUGACAAUGCACCUACGGAAGAAUCACAGCGGUGCUCAGUUUAUUGAUUCAUAUGUUUGCCGAAUAUGCUAUCGAGGGGAUGAGGAUGAUAGACUUCUUCUCUGCAAUGGCUGUGAUGACAAUUACCACAUCUUCUGCCUGUUACCACCACUUCCUGAAGUUCCCAGAGGUGUCUGGAGGUGCCCAAAGUGUAUCAUGGCGGAAUGUAAGAGAUCCCCUGAAGCCUUUGGCUUUGAGCAGGCUACCCAGGAGUACACUUUGCAGAGCUUUGGUGAAAUGGCUGAUUCAUUCAAGACUGACUAUUUCAGCAUGCCUGUGCAUAUGGUACCUACAGAACUAGUAGAGAAGGAAUUCUGGAGAAUAGUGAGCAGCAUUGAGGAGGAUGUAACAGUGGAGUAUGGAGCAGACAUUCAUACCAAAGAAUUUGGCAGUGGUUUUCCUGUCAGCAGUAGCAAAAUAAACCUGUCUCCUGAAGAGGAGGAGUAUGCAACCAGUGGUUGGAAUCUGAAUGUGAUGCCAGUGCUGGAUCAAUCAGUUCUUUGCCACAUCAAUGCUGACAUCUCAGGCAUGAAGGUUCCCUGGCUCUAUGUAGGAAUGGUAUUCUCAGCAUUUUGUUGGCAUAUUGAAGAUCACUGGAGUUACUCUAUUAACUAUCUGCAUUGGGGUGAGCCAAAGACCUGGUAUGGGGUACCUUCAGUGGCAGCAGAGCACUUAGAGGAGGUGAUGAAGAGGCUGACACCUGAGUUAUUUGAUAGCCAGCCUGAUCUCCUACACCAGCUUGUCACUCUCAUGAAUCCCAAUACUCUGAUGUCUCAUGGUGUGCCAGUUGUCCGCACAAACCAGUGUGCAGGAGAAUUUGUCAUUACAUUCCCUCGGGCUUAUCACAGUGGCUUUAACCAAGGCUACAAUUUUGCUGAAGCUGUCAACUUUUGCACCGCUGACUGGCUACCUGUUGGACGGCAGUGCAUUGAUCACUAUCGGCAACUACGCCGCUACUGUGUUUUUUCCCAUGAGGAGCUUAUAUGCAAGAUGGCUGCUUUUCCAGAGAAACUGGACCUGAAUCUGGCUGUAGCUGUGCAUAAGGAAAUGUUUAUUAUGGUUCAGGAAGAGCGACGUUUACGAAAGACCCUGCUGGAGAAGCUAUCCUUACAAAGUUGGGCCCACAGCAGGGCUGAUUGUUGGCCUAGGUGGGGUAUCCUCAACCCUGCUCCUAGUAUUUACAGUAUAUGUGGGUUGACCCACCCCCAGGGCAUCACAGAGGCUGAGCGAGAGGCUUUCGAGCUACUCCCAGAUGAUGAACGCCAGUGUAUCAAGUGCAAGACCACAUGCUUCCUAUCUGCCCUGGCCUGCUACGACUGCCCAGAUGGCCUUGUCUGCCUUUCCCACAUCAAUGAUCUCUGCAAGUGCUCCAGAAGCCGACAGUACUUACGGUAUCGGUAUACACUGGAUGAGCUCCCUGCUAUGCUGCAAAAGCUGAAAGUUCGAGCUGAAUCCUUUGACACCUGGGCCAACAAAGUACGAGUGGCCCUAGAGGUAGAGGAUGGCCGAAAGCGCAGUUUUGAAGAACUCAGGGCACUAGAGUCUGAGGCUCGUGAGAAGAGGUUUCCUGAUAGUGAGCUACUGGAGAGAUUGAAAAACUGUCUAAGUAAAGCAGAAGCUUGUGCUUCCCAAGUCCUGGGACUGGUCAGUGGCCAAGAGGCCAGGCUAGAAUCCUCACAACUGACCCUGACCGAGCUCCAGGUCCUUCUUGAACAGAUGGGCAGUCUGCCAUGUGCCAUGCAUCAGAUUGGGGAUGUCAAGGAUGUCCUGGAACAGGUAGAAGCCUACCAAGCUGAGGCACAGGAGGCCCUUGCUUUACUGCCUCCCAGUCUAGGGAAAUUGAGGUCCCUGUUGAAGAAGGGGCAGCAGCUGGGUGUGGAAGUACCUGAAGCCUAUCAGCUCCAGCAGCAGAUGGAGCAGGCCCGAUGGCUGGAUGAGGUGAAGCAAGCAUUGUCUCCUUCAGCUGAGAGGGGCUCCCUACUCUUCAUUCAGGGGCUCUUGGUUACAGGCGCCAAGGUAGCCUCCAGCCCUUCUGUGGAUAAGGCUCGGGCUGAACUUCAGGAGAUGCUGACCAUUGCAGAACGCUGGGAAGAAAAAGCCCAUUUUUGUCUGGAAGCCAGGCAGAAGCAUCCACCAGCUACCUUGGAAGCCAUAAUCCGUGAGGCUGAAAACAUCCCUAUUCACCUACCUAAUAUCCAGGCACUCAAAGAGGUCCUAACUAAGGCACAGGCUUGGAUUGCUGAUGUGAAUGAGAUCCAAAAUGGUGACCACUAUCCCUGUUUGGAUGAUUUGGAGGGCCUGGUGGCUGUGGGCCGGGAUCUACCUGUGGGAUUGGAGGAGCUAAGACAGCUGGAGCUCCAGGUACUGACAGCACACUCAUGGAGGGAAAAGGCCUCCAAGACCUUCCUCAAGAAGAAUUCUUGCUACACGUUGCUGGAGGUGCUCUGCCCAUGUGCGGAUGCUGGCUCAGAUAGCACUAAGCGCAGCCGGUGGAUGGAAAAGGAGCUGGGGUUGUACAGAUCUGACACAGAGCUGCUGGGGCUGUCUGCGCAGGACCUCAGGGACCCAGGCUCUGUGAUCGUGGCCUUCAAGGAGGGGGAACAGAAGGAGAAGGAGGGUAUCCUGCACCUGCGCCGCACGAAUUCUGCUAAGCCUAGUCCCCUGGCAUCAUUGACCACCGCCUCCCCUGCAAACUCCAUCUGUGUGUGUGGUCAGGUGCCAGCAGGGGCGGGAGCUCUCCAGUGUGACCUGUGCCAGGACUGGUUCCAUGGGCGGUGUGUUUCAGUCCCCCGCCUCCUCAGUUCCCCAAGAUCCAGUCCCAACACAUCCCCCCUGUUGGCCUGGUGGGAGUGGGACACCAAAUUCUUGUGUCCACUGUGCAUGCGCUCACGGCGCCCACGCCUGGAGACCAUUCUGGCACUACUGGUAGCCCUACAGAGACUACCUGUGAGACUGCCGGAGGGUGAAGCCCUACAGUGCCUUACAGAGAGGGCAAUGGGCUGGCAAGGCCGUGCCAGGCAGGCUCUGGCCUCUGAGGAUGUGACUGCUUUGUUGGGAAGGCUGGCUCAACUUCGCCAGCGACUGCAGGCUGAACUCAAUCCCGAGGAGCCCCCUAUCUACCCUGCAGCCCCUGCCUCUGACCUUAUCAGAGAAUGCAGUAGCAAGGAUAUGCAUAAGGUCCAAGGGUUGCUGAAGAAAGGGGACUAUAUGAAUAAUCAUGAGAAGAUAGACCCCUCUGGGCAGGAUUCAGGCAUGGAACUGCUGUCGUCAGUACUGCAAAAAUUGACUGGCCCUGUCUUAGAGCUGCCUGAGGCUACCCGGGUUCCCCUAGAGGAACUCAUGUUGGAGGGAGACCUCCUUGAGGUGACUCUGGAUGAAAACCUUAGUAUCUGGCAGCUUUUACAGGCAGGGCAGCCUCCAGACCUGGAGCGGAUCCGCACACUUUUGGAGCUGGAGAAGCCAGAGGUUCAAGGAAGUCAAGCAAGGGUCCGGGCCCUGGACAAACGGCGGCGGCUACGGAAAAUAGAUCUGGGUGGAAAAAGUGAGGAACUUGUCCAAGAAAAACUAGAGUCAAAAAAGGCUCGGAGCUCAGGAGUUAAGUCUGAAGAGAGUCGAGAGAAAGAAGAAUUUGAAGAGGAAACAAAUCACGAAAAUAGGUUCCUGACAUACCCUACAGACCAUUGCCUCAUCUUGAAAGGAAGUCAAAAUAGAUUACAAAAGAAGUAUUCGGAUUCUUCAUCCUCUUUUCAUAUUUUAACUAACCCCUUGCUGCACCUGUCUGACUCUCAGCAACAGGAGUUAUGAGAGCAAUACUUUUUUUUUUUUUUUUUUUUGAUUCAGUGCCUCCUGAACUUCUCCGGUUCCUACUCUUUUCUAUAUAGAAUUUGUUGCUUUAAAAUUUUAGUAUCUAGUAUUUUAAGGUCAUCUAAGGACAAUGCCUUAUCUCAAUCUUCCCCAAAUUGCCAUGCAGGUAACAUCACUAGCACUAGUAUGGAGUGUUUCCUAGGCCUUUUGUGUUCUAGACUGGGACAGGUAAAACUUGGGAAUUAUAGCUCAUUUUCUUCCUCUCUGCUUUUUCAUAUAACUGUGAAAGCAUUUUGGUGCUUCAAGGUUUCUUAACUUUCAUUCUACCUCCUUUUCUCCCCUUGGUUCACAUUGUAAGAAAAGACAUGUGAUGUGAUUAUAUUAAAACCAAAAGGAAAGAGCAAAACAGAUUUUUGCUUUAAGCUAUUUUUAAUUUUUUUCAAAAAAAUAAACACUCUGGGUGUGUUUUAAAACUCUGAAUCUGACUUGCACUUCUUGAAUUAGAGAAGUGAGUGAAGGACUAAAGUUGGGAAGUCUAAAGACAUAAUUUUAAAAUCCAUGUUUUUAUUGUUGGUGUAAGGGGCAUUCAUUUUUAUGUUAAGAUUUGAGAUUUAAGUUAGGCUUGAUGUUCACUCUAUGGAUGUCCAUAGUUCAGCAGCAUUUACUGAAAAUUAUUUUGUUCCCCGACAGAAAGCUUUUUCUUUGUUGAAAAUCUGUUACUUUGACUUUUGCGGUGUGUGUUUUUCUUUUCCAUGAUUUAUAUCUGUCCCUUUAGGAAACAUUCCAUUAUUUUGAUUACUGAAACUUUGUAAGUCUUAAAAUACACAAAAUUAUUCUCUCCCUUAAUUAAAAUAGUUUAAGCUGGCCUAAUGGCAACUUUUUCCAUAUGUACUUGAGUCAUAAAUUUUAAGACUUGAAUUGUUACACUUCUGUUUUCUUUCAGUUGAUCAUCUGAUUUAUACAUACAAGAAUUCAGUGAGAUUAAUGCACAGAUUUCUGAGGCAAAAUUAGUAAAACACCAUUAACUUACGCUGUAUCUCUUCUCUCAGUGACACAGAAUGUGUAUUUCAGUUCCUCUCAGUGGAUUGUCAGUGUGGCUUGAAUCUAGUAAUCAUGUUUUAAAACUCAGUGGAGUUCCCUAAUUUUCUGUUGACACUGUUAGUGUUGACCUUGCUAUUUCCGUAUAAAAUACAAUGCCACUUAUCUUCAUGUCUCACUUUUGUCUAUUCCGAGGCUGAUAUUCAAUCUUGUUACUGAGAAACUUAAUUUUAGCCAUUGCCAAAGUGGUAACUUUAGCUGUCAACAAACAAAAAUUAUCGGUCUGCAUUCUUGGAAUCAGGUAAAAUAAAGUCUAACUUUAUUAAAAUACAAGGAUUGUUUUCUGAACUUCCAUCUUUUGUUUUGCUCUGCAAGCUUAGCAUAAACCUGUGAUUCUCACCUGUACCCUCUGAAAAUACUUUAUCCAAAGAAAUCUUUUUGUUUCAAUUGAAGGAACAUUGUGUUGUAAUACAAUAUAUAAGCUCCAGGUGCAGAGCCCUAUAGCUUAACAUUUUGUACACUAGAUUAUGAUGUGGGUUUUGCUUUUUUAACACAGCAUCUCCUCCCUUUACCUGUUUCCUUUUACAAGUUUGCAUAUGCAUCUCAUCAUUUGAGAAUUACUGUGUAGUGAGAAAUACACUGAUAGAGUGAAAAAGCUGAAAACUACAUUCAAUAACCUCUUAAGUACGAGCCACAGAAUACUUGUUUUCAAUAAGGGGAAAAUACAAAGUCAAUUAUGUACCUUUUCAAGGGUCCCUCUGCCAGUUAGGGUGUAUAGUUUAACAAGCAAGUUUUACCAUAGCUGAAAUCAAAUACAGCAUUAGGUUCUGAAUAUAACUGAGUCAAGAAAGAUUUUUAGCAACAACUUAAUUUCUGUCAUUUAGUUUUCUAUAAUAGUGGUUGAGGAUGAUUCAGAAACUUGAAUGUUGAUCUGGAACUCAAAAACUGCCAUUACUAAGCCAUCAAAUUGCUGUAUGUAGAUCAGUAGAUACUCAGUUUCCAUUUGACAAAAAAUUCAUAAACUUGUGUUAAGUUCAGAAGUUCACCAUUGUCAACAUAGCAACUUAUCCAAUAUACAAUGAAUAACCAAAGAUUCUAUAAAUACAUUUUCAGGUCUUCGUAAAUAUCAGCUCCACAAAUUUCUACCAGCAAUGGCAGUAAUACCAAUAUACGCUUUGGUUUCACUUUGUAUUAGCUAUAAAAAUAUUCUUACCUAUUCACUCCAUGUUAUUAAUAAAUAAUAGAGAACUAUUAAUAAAGGCUUCUUAGUUACUUCCAAAUGACAGUGGCAUCCAAAAGAAAGAAAAUAAGCACCUUAAGGAGGAAAAUGCACUGGGAGUAAUGUUUUCAACUCUAUCUGUUGAAUGCCAACUUAUGUUUAUUUUAUCUGGACACAUUUCUUCAGCUACUGCUUGUAUGAAUACAAUUUUAACUCCACAUUGGUAAAUGUCUGUAUUUGGUUAUCAAAUGAGCCAUC